AUGGAGCAGCAGAGGAUCCUGUGUGUGGGUCUCGUCUGUCUGGACAUCAUCAACGUGGUCGAUAAAUACCCCGAAGAAGACACCGACAGCAGGUGUGUUUCUCAGCGUUGGCAGCGAGGCGGGAACGCCUCUAACUCGUGCACGGUGCUCUCUCUGCUCGGUGCACCCUGCGCCUUCAUGGGCUCCCUCACUGCUGGACCUGUGGCAGAUUUUAUUUUGGAGGAUUUUGGAAAGUUCCAUAUCGACGUGUCGCUGGUUACUGAGCAUGCUCAGUGCGUCCUUCCAGCGUCUGUGGUCAUCAGCAACAUCAGCACAGGAAGCCGCACCAUCCUGCACAUGAACAGCUUCAUCGUGAAUGACUUCCUGCAGCGUUCAGUCGAUACCUCGGCCGUGGUUUGGCAGGUCAAAGGUCAAACUCCGUGUGCGUGUUGUGUGAUUUGUCCGUCCGGCGGCUCUCGCACCGUCGUUCUGUCCGACACGAACCUUCCUGACGUCACAGAAAACGAUUUUUCCAAAGUUGAUCUUCGUCAGUUCAAGUGGAUCCACAUCGAGGGUCGUAACGCAGAGCAACAGGUGAAGAUGAUCCAGCAGGUGGAGCUCUAUAACAGCAGGUUGCCACAGCAACAGAGGAUCACCGUCUCCGUGGAGAUAGAGAAGACGAGGGAGGAGCUGUAUCAGCUGUUUGCUCAUGGUGACGUGGUCUUUGUCAGUAAAGACGUGGCUCGACACUUCGGCUUCCAGACGGCUCAAACUGCUCUGACGGGACUCUCCAGCCGGGUCAAACAGGGGGCUGUCCUGAUCUGUGCCUGGGCAGAAAAAGGAGCCGACGCUUUGGGUCCUGAUGGUUUAUUGAUCCACUCAGACGCUUUUCCUCCUGAAACGCUGGUCGAUACUCUCGGAGCCGGAGACACGUUCAAUGCAGCCGUCAUCUCCAAACUGUCCAACGGAGGAAGUUUGCAGGACGCUCUCACCUUCGGCUGCAGAGUCGCCGGCAGGAAGUGUGGUUUCCAUGGUUACGACGGCAUCAGUGAAGAGUUCAGUGACGGCUGAGUGCAGCUAAACCAACGAAGAAGAAACCAGACGAUGUGUCAAUGAUGAAGUUUGAUAAAAACUGUGAAUGUUUAUUAACAUGUUUACUGAUCAUCAAUAGUUUGAUUAUAAGCUGAUUAAUGUUAAAUAUGAUUAUUAACUAACAAACUUAUCAUUAAAUGAUAAAGUGAUGAUUUACUACCUGAGAGCAGUGUCGGUCAAUUUAAUAAAAUAAGUCAAAUUCA